AUGGCCUCAAUGAAGAUAUUCGAGUGUUUGUUUGAACUAUGGGAAUUUGUAUCCCUUGUUGAUAGAGCAUGCAAGGCAGAGGAGCUGGUAAAAGAGAGGAGAAAGGCGGCCAUUGAGUCGCGGGAUAUAAAAAGAAGGCAGCUGGGGAAAUCACAACAGUCCUCAUCCGAGAGGUCAAAGGAAUUCACUAUCCGAUCGAAUACUUCGAUGGGAUUCUCAAAUAGAAAUAAAAACCGACAGAAAAUAAUUUCGAGAACCCAGACCACUUCGGUCGUAAGUGUCGGUAGCCCUACACCCAAUAGGCCAGAAUGCUCACAGUGUGGUAGGCGUCAUUUUGGCGAGUGCCGAGGGAACGAGAGGGGCUGCUAUAGGUGUGGAUCGCUAGACCACUUUAUUCGCGAUUGCCCUGAGAUGGAAGAGAGUGCAAGGAAGCAAGAAAUGAAGGCAAGUAGCACUCCGUUAAGGGGUAAGUCACAAAGGAACCCCGGGAGUGGGGCUAGUAGUAGGGGUACGGCAAAAGAUGUUGCAGCGAGGUCCAAGGGCAGAGCAUCUGCCAGGACUUAUGCUAUUUGUGCCUGUGAUGAGGCAGAGUCUCUUGAUAUGAUCAUGGAUUGGUUGACUUCUCAAAUUGUUGUAGUGGACUGUGGGAAGAAAAUUAUUGAGUUAAAGUGUGAAGAUGGGAAUAUUCUUCGGGUUGGACCAGGUGACUUGGAUAAAUCGCCUAUGGUAAUAUCGUCUUUGGCAGCUGAAAAAUGUUUGAAAAAAGGGUAUGAGGCUUAUCUAGCUUUUGUGCUGAAUACUCAAGUGUCCGAGUCGAAGAUUGAAUCAAUACCAGUGGUUUGUGCGUUUAUAGAUGUUUUUCCGAAAGAGUUGCCCGAAUUAGCUCCAGAGAGAGAGGUUGAGUUUGGUAUCGAGUUAGUUCCCAGUACGAUGCCAAUCUCGAUUGCACCGUAUAGAAUAGCCCCUACUUAG